GGUUAAUGGAAGUGAGGCUUACCUCCAUGUUUGUCAGAUUUCGGUGUGGAAGCCAUAAUAGUCAAUAGUUCGUUCGGCUUUAAACGAUAUCACAGAGUUUCAACAUUUUUGCAAACAGCCGCGUCGUGAGUUACGAAGCAGUGGCUGCUGCACUGUUUUCAGUCUGAUAUAAAUCCGACCUGCACCGCUACAUCUUCGUUCGUCGGCCAUUUUUCAAUGGGCUUCGAAGUAAUACCCGCCAUCUGGUGGUAAAUAAGGAUAAAUUACGGCAACAAGAUGGCCGACCCAGUGUUCAUCGCGGCGUACUGACCAGCGAACGUACCAAUUUAUAUUCUUCUAUCUUUCUUACCGUAGAAAGCGUGAACUUGCCAAAAUUCAGAGAUGGGCAAUAUUGGAUUGCAACAACAUUACGAGACAGCCAAGAAGACGGGAGCACUGAGAUUGUCUCAAAAGAAACUGGACGAAUUUCCAUCGAAUCUACGUACAUUGGCCCAUCUUCUACGUAACUUGGAUAUCUCCGAAAAUAAAUUUACUAGAUUACCCGACGAAAUCGGCGAGUUUACCUUAUUGAAACAGAUCAAUUUGAGUCGCAACAGGCUUACCAGUUUGCCAGAGAUCAUCGGUCUUUUGUCCAAAUUAGAAUGUUUCAAUGCAAGCUCGAAUUACAUCGAAAGGGUCCCGCGUGCCUUUUCGAAAUUGUCCCAUUUGAAACAAGUUAAUCUUUCCGACAAUCGUAUCACCGAAUUUCCUUUAAUGUUUUGCGAUUUGAAACAUCUCGACGUGCUUGAUCUAUCGAAAAACAAAUUAACGAUGAUACCGGAUGGUGCUUCCUUACUUUCCGUAACCGAAUUAAAUCUCAAUCAAAAUCAAAUUUCUAUAAUAUCGGAUAGGAUAGCUGAAUGUUCACGUCUGAAGACGCUGCGACUGGAAGAAAACUGUUUACAAUUGAACGCCAUACCUACGAGGAUAUUAAAAGAAUCUAAUAUAUCUAUGCUAGCGUUAACUGGAAAUCUUUUCGAGAUGAAACAAUUCGCUGAUAUUGAAGGGUACGACAAUUACAUGGAGAGAUAUACAGCUGUGAAAAAGAAAAUGUUUUGAACAAAUCAAGAUUAAAAAUGCAUCUCGUUAUCGCAUUAGAAUUAAUACAAACGCACAUACUAUAGUUUCUCACGUACUUUUUGUUGAUUAUGGUUCCCCCCAUCAAAUUCUUCGAUGUAUUUAUAUAUCGUCUACGUUCUUUAACAAUCUUUGUAUAUACAUAUAUAAUAUAUCAACGUAUUUGUAUCUAUUUAAUGCAAAUUUUAUGAAAAAUAAAUUAUAUCUUCUAUUUAUUUUUAA